UUGAGCCAAGGAACUCUUGAGUGUAAGUAUACAAGGGUAACUAGAGAUCAACUCUUCGCCAUGUGGUGAUGUUGGGUCGAUGCAUCAGCUGGAAGAAUUAUUAUAUCAGGGAUAUUUCACGCGGGGGAAAUGAAUUAUAUUCUGCACAGAAUCCAUAUGGACUCCCUCCUCCCGUUAGGUCUGGGGUAAGAUAAAUCAAUGCGGAGAGGUGGAGAGUUCGUCCAAUGGGUGCGAUGCAAGCGUUCGGCAUUCGUACCGCACCUCCGCAUUUCACCCCUCCUUUGGCCCUCGGAUAUCUCGGCGUAGCGACUAGUAUAUCUUCUCUUGUCUUCUUACGAUUGUCAAUUAAGAUCCCUAAGCAUUUUCAUUCUCUCUCAAGAGCCAUCAUAUAACUAUAUUCAACAUGACAAGGCAGUUGACUUCCGGUGCUCGGUUGCAGGGCAAGGUUGCUAUUGUUACUGGUGGUGGUUCGGGCUUUGGUGCUGCGAUUGCCCGUCGAUUCGGCGAGGAGGGGGCUAAGGUAAUUAUCACCGAUAUCAAUGCAGAGGGGGGACAGAAAGUCGCCGCUCAGAAUCCGGAGAGUCUGGUCUUUCAGCAGAUGGAUGUCACCAAGGCUGAGGAUUGGACGACCGUUAUGGAUCUGGCUUUUUCAAAAUUCGGAAGACUGGAUAUCUUAGUCAACAAUGCUGGGAUAACUUAUCGGAACAAGCCAACGGCCGAAGUCACCGAAGAGGAAUGGGAGCGUGUCUUCAACGUGAACGUUAAAGGAAUCUUCCUCGGCUCUCAGGCCUUAGUGACUCGUUUAAUGGAACAGGGCCAGGGCGGUUCGAUGAUCAAUAUUUCGUCUACUGGUGCGUCGCGGCCGCGGCCGGGGUUGGUCUGGUACAAUGCCUCUAAGGGAGCGGUGUCGAAUGCUACGAAAGGUCUCGCAGCUGAGUAUGGUCCUCACAAUAUCCGCGUCAAUACCGUUAGCCCCCUUCUAUCAGGAACCGGCCUGUUUUCCAUGUUUACCGGCAUGCCUGAUACGCCUGAGAACCGCGAGAAGUUUAUCGGGAAUGUGCCGCUGGGCCGUUUGACAGAUCCUGAUGAUGUUGCAAACAUGUGUCUAUACUUAGCUAGCGAUGAGGGCAGUUUCAUAAACGGAGCAGAGAUGAUUGUCGAUGGAGGGAAGUGCAUCUAG